ACUGCUGAUGCACAUGUCAGAUUUGUUUACAACCAUAGAAAACGAAAGUUAAUUAUUAAAAUACAAUGGAUCAGGCUAAUGAAGUAAUGGAAAUCGAUCACAUGGUGUGUGACAUUUGCGGCGAACGAACAUUUCAGGAACUGGCCGGAUUUUAUUACUGCAUUGAAUGCGGUACCAAAAAGGAGCAACUGGCAAUGGCCGUUGAGAUUAGCGCAGAAGAUACCUUCAAUGAUACCUCAAAACACGCGUCUAGUUAUGCGGUUAAGAAGCAAAAACGCAAAUCCGAGGACGUCGAUACAGACAUUACGUCUUGGGAGUUUUACAAUUAUGUUCUGCGAGGAUUUUUGCAAGAACUCCUUAAUAUGGGAGCUAAGCCGGAACUUAAGCUAAUGACUCUACAAGUUUGGGCUGCCUACAUGGGGCGCAUGGAAGUGGCAUUUUGUAAUAACAACGAAUUGGGUUUGCCCAAGUUAAAUGUUCGCGUAUUGGCCAGAGAUGCCCGAAUCAUUUACAAUCACAAGCAAGCCAAGCGCAAACGUAUCCGUAAUCAGUCCAAGGAAACCAGCCUAGUUGAGGAUGAGCGCACCAAUUGGCGCCAUUGGAGAAAAACCAAGCGUAAACUAGAUGCCUCUGGAUACAGCCAAAAGGAUGCUCCCUCUGAGUCCACCUCGCAGGCCAACCAAAGCAUCAAAUUGCAAUGGUCUCAGAAUGCUCGUAAAUCUCUAAAAUGCCAAAUGCCGCUUAAACAUCUGGAUAAACACAGUGUGGACAGCUCGGGCAGCAUGCAGUGCCAUGGUCUGCGUCCCAAAGCCAAGACCCUGAAUCACUUCGAUCGGAAUAUAUAUUGCCUGAAUAUAACCAAACUCUAUGUUGUUCUGGGCAUUGCAUUGAAUUUAGUAGAAGACGAUAUACAAUUAUCGGAUCUGUUGCGGUUCAUUGAUGAGGAGCAUAUAACGGGUCGCAAUGUAUUAAGCUAUUUGCCUGAGCAUGUGGCAAUUCAUGGCAAUCGCCUUCUCAAAGAUAUAGAAUUUAGUCAACACUUGGACAAGUGUCGAUACAAGUUCAUUCGCAUGAAUAUAGCCCAGAUGUCGCGAUUCAUAGAUCUUAAUGGAUUUCAAAAGCCAAAUUUAAAUGAUUUGGCCCAACGAUAUGUUUAUGAACUAAGCCUCCCGCCCAUGGUGGCUAGCUAUGUUAUAAGUCUGAUGGACCUAAUGCCGCCAACUUUCGAGCCAGUUUUUGGACUACAAACCUAUCCGCGCUAUGAGGCUCGUGUCAUGGCUUAUAUUGUUUAUGUGCUAAAGUUGUUGUUUGGACUAGAUGAUGUAAAAGAGCGUAGUAUAUCCCAAUCCGCCCAAACGAUCAAUAAACAGCUACUGCAGGCAGCUUCUGAUGAAGCUAGUUCUAGCAAGCUUCUCUUCGUUUAUACCGAAUGGAUGGAGUUUGUGGAGCUGCGCAAGGUCUUAGUUGCGCAUUACAAUGAGAGUUUUGCCCAACGUUUUGGGGUGAAAACUCAGCUGGAACGGCAAGUGGACGAUAUGCUCAUCAAAGAGCGCAAGGAAAAGGAUCAAGAAUAUAAUCUAAAUGAGACUCUAACACCAGCUUUGCAACGACAACAGGACAAUAUCCGUUUAAUCUUUGAGACUCUACUCAGCGAGGUAUACGGCGAAUCGAGCACGGAAAGUGCAAGCAAAGAUCACAUCGAAUUUCAACCUACCCUAACGCCAGCCCACAGCUAUUUCAAGCGAUUGCUCCUCUACGCAUCACGUGCGGAAGAGAGUGAGCGAAUGAGUGUCAAGAUACCCAAUUAUAUGUAUGAGGAGCAUUCCGAGCGACAGUUGGCACCGUUUAAAAAUCAAACAACAGAGCUCGCCGAGAGACUGGCAACGCAAGGAUUUAACCUACGUGUAGAGGAGUUGGCCUGUCAGCAGGAUUACGAAAACGUGGGCAUAUUUCAAACCCUGCUUAAUAAACGACGCAAACCACAAGAAAGUCGCGCCAAUUGCGACAUCGAAAUGGACCAGUGGCUUGAAGAGUUAAGCAGAAAGGAAAAGCGUCCCGCCUUUAUAUUUCGUCAGCCCACAGCCAAAUAUGGGGCGCAAUAUCAGCUAAGAGUCCAAGAACGGGCCAUUCGGCGCGACAAACUGGAGAGUAAUAAUCCCUUUUGGAAAGUUCAAGCAACCCCAACAUACAUUUUAAAUCUACCGAAUGAGCAAAUUAGUCUAAACAAUUUGACUUCAAUCCAAAUCUUUGACGAAACCAAUAUGGAUCCUUUGAAGUUGCCCUUGGAAAAGCCACGACGUCAUUUGGAACGAUCCCCCAACAAAUCGGACGUUCAAGAUGAGCUGCAACAGCCGAAAGUCGAAAGGGACGACGAGGACCAUGAAGAGGAUGCCAGCAGACAGGAAUUAGUUUUAAAUAUAUCAAACUUCGAUUGCUGGCUCCUACACGGUUAUAUAUCCAAGAUACGCGACACGGACAAACGAGAAUUGCGCGUCUUAUUCCCCUGCUCAUUCCGCUGGCUAUUGGAUAUGUGUGCGGCCACCAUUGGUGUACCCUGGGAAGUUCUCUACGAACAGUUGCUGGUCCUUGAGGUGAUGUUCCAUUACGGUGUCGAGGACUUGAAUAAUCACAACGAUUUGUUACGCUUAAAAUACAAUACAAUGAAUAAGGAUUUGAAUCUAUUAACCAAAACAUUUAGAGAUAUGUGGUAGAGCUAAUACAUAUAUUAGGCGUCAGCUUACAAUGUCUUGACAAGUUGGGAAAUAUAAACAAAUUGUUUAAAAUAAUUCACCUCAUAAUUCUCUUUGGCAUUUGAUUCCAUUCACUUGCUCUGUCUACAUGAGGAAAUGUUCUAGCAAAUAAAUGUAUUUAUGUUGGUGGUUUAGUUUAUAAAAUUAAUAUAUUUUAAGCAUAGAUAUAUAUGUAUAUGUGGGAUGCAUCUGAUCAGUUUAGAGUUUCCAGCUGAUUAAAACAUACCUUCAUGCUUCACGCACACACACA